GAGUGGCGCUGUCGAGCGCCCGUGUGGCCCAUCACUCAGCGAAGAAGACGAAUGACGUCACGUAGAAUUUCUCCCAACAGCAAGCCGCACGUGUUUUCAUCGGCGAGUGUGAAUUCCCCGUCAAAGUGUAGCAUAUUUGUGUCGAAGUCCGCCGUAAAGCCGCCGCCACAAACAUGGGGAAGAAGCUCAAAGUCGGAAAGACCAGAAGGGACAAAUUCUACCACCUGGCUAAAGAAACAGGUUAUAGAUCCCGUUCCUCAUUCAAGCUCAUCCAACUGAACAGAAAAUAUGAGUUUUUACAGAAGGCUCGAGUUGUGUUGGAUCUGUGUGCGGCUCCUGGCGGAUGGCUGCAAGUGGCGUCUAAAUUUAUGCCUGUUUCAAGCCUGGUUAUAGGCGUGGACCUGGUGCCCAUCAAGCCUAUCCCUAAUGUAGUGACCCUCCAAGAAGACAUCACAACAGACAAAUGCAAACAGGCCCUCAAAAAGGAGCUGCAGACAUGGAAGGUUGAUGUCGUGCUAAACGACGGAGCUCCAAAUGUAGGAGCCAACUGGAUACAUGACGCCUUCGCCCAAGCCCACCUGACCCUCAUGGCCUUGAAGCUGGCCUGUGACUUCUUGAACAAAGGGGGCACCUUCGUCACCAAGGUCUUCCGCUCUAAAGACUACCAGCCGCUGCUCUGGAUCUUCCAGCAGUUCUUCAAGAAGGUGCAGGCCACCAAGCCCCAGGCGUCGAGGAACGAGUCCGCUGAGAUAUUUGUGGUUUGCCAGGGUUUCCUGGCACCUGUCAAAAUAGAUACCAAGUUCUUUGAUGCCAAAUAUGCAUUUAAAGAGGUGGAGGUGCAGGCCAAAACUGUGAAGGACCUGGUUCCUAACAAGAAGCCAAAGGCGGAAGGAUACACAGAAGGUGACCUGACGCUCUUCCACAGUGUGUCUGUUACCGCCUUUCUCAAAGCUGAAAACCCCGUGGACUUUCUGGGCAAAGCCAGUGAGAUGACCUUUGACAACCCAGACCUGGAGGAUCACUUCACCACCAGCGACGAGAUAAAGGAGUGUUGUCGGGACAUCAAAGUUUUAGGCCGCAAAGAACUCCGACUGCUGCUGAACUGGAGGACCAAGAUGAGGAGGUACUUGACCAAGAAACUGAAGGAGGCCAAGCAGCAGGACCAGGGGAUCAGCUUAAGUUCCGACGAAGCGGAAGGCAGCUCGGACGACGAAGCAGACAACAACAAGAAGAAGGAGGAAGGGGAGGAGGAGGAACUGAACGAGGAGGAAGAAAUGGAGAAGAAACUAGCCGAGCUGAAAUCGGAGGAGGUGGCUGAUCUUAAGCGGAAGAAGAGGAAGCUGCUCAAAGAACAUAGAAAGCAGAGGGAGAGGGUGGAGCUGAAGAUGGAUCUUCCAGGUGUCUCCAUUGCUGACAAUGAGGACGUCAGCCUUUUCUCCCUACACACCAUGAAGAAGAAGCAGGAGUUGGCCAACAUAUCCCAGGGCGACAUGCAGGCCGCAGAUGCCCUAAGCGACGACGACGAGGACGUUUACCUGUCUGAUGAUGAGAAAGCAGACGAGAUGUCCCUGGCCUCUGACUUGGACGACGAAGACUUGGAGGAGGUGGAGGAAAGAGAGAGGGCGCUGGCCAAGAAAGCAGCAGCAGAGCAGCAGAAGAAGAAGAAAGUGACGUUCACGGAGGAAGAGGAGGACGACGACGAGGUAGAAGACGGUGGCUUGCUGGUGGAGCUGGAAGGAAAGGACGAGAAGAGAGAGAAAGAGACCAACCUGUGGUUCAGCAAGGCCAUCUUUAAUGAGAUUGAGCUGGAAGGAGACGCAGAGAGUGAACUCCGACAGUCUCAGUGGCUCCAAAACCAACAAGCAGGAAAAGGCAGGAAGAGGAAAGCCGAGAAAGAGGUGAUAGAGGAGGAUGUUCCAGAGGAAGAAGCAGAGUCCUCACAGAAAGUGGAAGAAGACGGUGACGAGGACGACGACGACAAAUACAUCAAGAAGAUCAAGAAGGCCAAAGGUGGAAGUGGGACAGGCCCGGCUGGUGAUGAUGAUGAUGAUGAAGAAGACGACGGCUUCCAGGUUGUUCCUGUUGAAAGCACCAGUAAGAAAGCCCGCAUCCUGGAUGCAGAAGGUCUCGCUCUGGGCUGUGAGAUCGCCACAUCUAAGAAGAAAGCCAGGGACCUGGUGGACAACUCCUUCCACAGGUUCGCCUCGUCCGAUGAGCCGUGGGAGGUGCCCGAGUGGUUCCUGAACGACGAGCGCAAGCACAGGAAGAAGCCGGUGCCGGUCACCAAGGAGAUGGUGGAGGAGUACAAGCAGAAGUGGAGGGAGAUCGACGCCCGGCCCAUUAAGAGAGUGGCAGAAGCCAAGGCCAGGAAGAAGAAGAGGAUGCUGAAAAAGAUGGAGCAGGCUAAGAAGAAAGCAGAAGCAGUCGUGAACACGGUGGACACUUCUGAGAGAGAGAAGAUGGCACAGCUCAAGAGCAUCUACAAGAAGGCCGGCGUGGGGAAAGAAAAGAGAGACGUCACGUACGUGGUCACCAAAAAGGGCGCCGGCAGGAAAGUGAGGCGGCCUCCUGGCGUCAAAGGUGUCUUCAAGGUGGUGGACGGUCGCAUGAAGAAGGACAUGCGGGGAACACAGAGGAAGGAACAGAAAGCAAAGGGCGGCAAAGGAAAAGGACGAGCGGCAAAAGGUGGCAACAAAGGACGAGCGGCAAAAGGUGGCAACAAAGGCGCGAAGGCUGGUAAAGGACGGAAAGGGAAAUAAAGUUGUUUGUCACCUUCAAUACCCACUGGCACCUGACAAAUACUAAUUAUGUUCAUCUUUACUCUUUGUGUAAAUAUCAUAUUUGCAAUUAAAAUAUUUCCA